UUUCACUGGCCUGUAAGGCUGAAUGUUUCUCUCUUGCUAUUAUUACCAUUACGCACAAUAAUUACAUCAGCUGCGGCCACUUCCGGGCAUCGAUCUGUAACUCGAAUCAAUCCUCUGGAGAUCUGAGUGGAUGAAAUGGUGAUAUUUGGUGGUGUGUGAGGGGGAAACCUGACUUUCAGUCACUCUCGGAGUUCCAGUCUGUGGAAUGGUGUGGGACAGUUCCUGGUAUUGCCUACAUCUCUUCCUGCGCAGCUUUUUAAGUGCUCUAAUGAGAUGGAGUGGGCAAGAAAAAAAGUCAAAGUGAUGCUGCGGGUGAGAAACGGGAAUAUGAAGAUGUGGCGUUUGUGUAACGCGUUUCUAAUUAAAGACUCUGCCAUGUAACCCCAGGAGGGACAACUCCUUCCGUCUGCGAGCCUCAAUAAAUUGGCGUGAAUCGACGGCGAAUGUUACGAGAUUUCACGAACGAGCGGCGCGCGCUCAAUGCCCUCAAGGAGCUUUCAGGAGUUUUCACCUCAAGCCUCGGAAACAUCACAAGAGAGACCGACCACACACACUUCCCACGCUCGAGUAUAAUAAAGGACAAUUCUCUUUAAAGGAUAGCUCACUCUCUCUUUUUCUCUUCACGUGUUUGUGACUGAGCAAACGAAACUCAACAAAAUACAUCGCGCGCUCAAUCGUCCCAAACCCAAACGCAUUAAGGAAAAGUAACUCCACGAUACGAGCGUCCACAGGCUAUACCACGAUUGAGGACUUGGGCAGUGCCGUACUUUUGCACACUCUGGUUGCGGGAGCGAUGCGCGCCUUGCGGGCUCCGGUGGUCGUCAUGGGGCUCAUAUUGUUAAUCUGCACUACCGUACACAGCGAUGCCAGCGCGAACAACGUCGACAAGGACGAGAAAACAUGGUUCAGACGGAUGUUAGACAUCAUGAGACAGGUGGAAAACAGCGCUGGCGUUGAGCGCGCGCAAACAACCUCAAAGACAGAGCGCGCACUUCAGCCAAAGGACUUCAAGCAUAAUCUGAAAACGAAGAAUGGGGAAACAAUACUAGAAAUCUUUCCCAGAGACCUCCGAAAGAAAGAGAAGAUCAUAAAACACUUAACAGGUCCUCUUUAUUUCAGUCCAAAAUGCAGAAAGCAUGUCUACAGGCUUUACCACAACACAAGAGACUGCACAAUCCCUGCAUACUACAAAAGGUGCGCAAGGCUUCUGACGCGACUGGCAGGGAGUCCGAGGUGUCAAGAGGGUUAACUUUACCAGCAGGUUGAAGCCAAACCAGAGUGACCCAGAGAAGAAAAAAAGCAAAGUGCCUUUUGGACAAGACAAGAGAAGAGAAUAAGAAUAAUAAAAUAAAAACCAACAUUCCACUUUAUCAACACAUCGCGUCUAGAACACUGGCUGUUCAGAGAAUAUGGAAUUGACAGUGGUUAUGGACCAAGAAUAAUGGGAUGCACUUGCUCAAGGACAGACUGAUGGACUCUGCUCAGAGCCAACCUUAAAAUGCAUAUUGAGGACAUCAGAGAAUGAAAACCAAAAACAUCUGGCUCAUUGUGUUCUAAACAGAAAAACAGUUUUCCAGUCAUUUCACUAUGAAAAAAAGGGAUUGCCUUGGUUUUGCAUUUUGUUUUCAUCAGAUAAUGAGACUUGUAAAUCAAUACUGAUGUUUUCGUGCAACAUGCCUCAAUGGGGUUUACACUACAGAGUUAUGGCGAGAAAUUAUUUAGUUCACUAUGGCGCUCAUAUGAGCUUUCCUUUUCUCUGUGCUAGCACUGAAAACCCAUUAAAUGCAUGAACGUUUCUUUUUGCUUCUGUUUGCCAGCAGACAUUUAUGAGGUGGAUCUUUGCGGUAAUCUGUGACCAAAAGCUUUUAGUUUUAUGUCCGAGACUACGAGUGUAUGACUGUGGAAUAUAUUCAGUAUAUUUUGACGUACAUGAUGUAUAGUGACGAACAUAGUCAAUAUGUAAAUAUUGUAUAAAUGAGACCUAAAAUCCCUUUGGCAAUCAUAUAAGCGUCUGACGUACGAUUGGAUUGUUGGGAUAUGUAUAUUUAAAAAAAUAUAUAUUUAAAUAAAUUAUUAUUGUUUAAACAUUUUAGGUCCUUCAUCAAUAUUGAAAUAAUACCCCCAUCUUCUGAAACAAUAUAUCAUAGUGUCGCUCAGUUUAUCUUGGCAUCAGAAGAUAUAUUUUUUCAGGGAGGGAGUUCAGGUCAUCUUAUCGCUGAUGUUAGAUGCUUUGAAUGUUUGUGAGUUAUACAUUUUUUGUCUUUAGCUACACCAAAGAUAACAGUACAAUUUUGUUGCUAGUAUCUUAGUGAUGGUAGUAAAACAUUAUCAAACUCUUGAAGAGGAUAGAUAAAGAUAUGGAGCGAGAGAGAAGGAAAAGUUGAGGAAAUAAGACAAU